AUGGCUUCGAAGAUCCCUAACCAGCUCCUCGCCGUGGCUAGCAUGACCGACCUCGACCAGACCGAGAUUUGCCAGCUCAAGCAGGCCCUGGCGCAGGUCCAGGCCAAGAUCGAGGUCCUCGAGGACCUCAGGGACCUCGAAGCGACCGAGGUCGCCCUCCUCCGGGCCCAGGUCGACGAGCUGACCAGGCUCGCUGAGGCCCUCCGCGAGAGAAACCGCCGCCUCGAGGGGGAACUCGCCCGUCUCCGCGACGAGGCGCAGCAGCUGGAGGAGGCCCUGGGGCAUGCCUGCUUCAGCGAGCCCGAGCCUGAGCUAGAGAGCGAGCCCGAGCUUGAGCUCGACGACUUCGACUACGACUCCGAGUUCGACGGCGAGUCUUCCGUCCCGGUCUCGCCCGUCGACGACGAGGACGUCACUCUCGACCUCUACGGCUUGGACAUCGACGACGACGCUAAGGACGGCGGCCUCGCUGUCUCGGACGGCGAAAUCGAUGUGUACACCGCGCACCGCAGAUUCAACGGAUGCGCCUCUGACGAUUCCGGAUUCGCCUAG